GUCGUCAUGUCGUUAAUACACAUUACACGUUCUCUUGCGAGGUGAAUAUGGAUCGAUGAAAUAUUUUGUUGCAAUUCAAUGUGUUGAUUCUGAGCAAUAAAUGAUCUUUACGUAACUGGUGACGCUUCAGCGCUUCAGAUUCAAUACAAAGAAACUGGCUAAAAUUUGAACUGUGACCCUAGUAAUAAAUUAUCCACCGCCUUUAGAAACAAUAUUAAACGAACUUGUUGGCCACGUGUCUGACCAGUAGUUGAGCCAUAAAUGCAAAGCUAUCGUACGAGUUUAAAAGCUCCAAGUGAAUUGUUGUUUGCUUCACUAUUGCAAAAUUGUGCGUUUGAUUGACAAUGAAAUUGCAACCAUCGGUCCAAGUUUGUACCGUUCUACUUUUCAUCAUUGGAAAAUCAACGUUAAUUCAGUCAUCAGGUCUAGGAAGAUGUCCCAAUUACCCAUCGAUGCCAAAGUUCAAUAUCACAAGGUUCCUUGGAAAAUGGUACGAGGUGGAAAGAUCUUUCUAUUUGCCCGAAAUCGCAUCGGGCUGUACUACACUAACGUUUGAAAAUACGACUCGAAAUAACCCAGAGGAUAAAUUUCAACUGGAAAUUGUCGUAAAAACAGUCAAUAGAUGGACGGGCAACCCAUCUGUAAGCAUAUGUGAAGCGUUCACAGAGAACGAUAAAUCCUCUAUCAUGUCAGUACAGCUAAAAUCAACAUUACCAAGUGCUAUAGCAAGGUUUUUGCCUGGUUCAGGACAGUAUCAGGUGUUAUACACAAAUUUCGAGAAUUUUGCCAUUCUGUGGUCAUGUUCCAGUUUUCUCGCUGUCCAUACAGAUCAGAUAUGGUUGCUCGGACGUGAAAGAGAUUACCCAGCUGAAACACGAAAGAAGAUAUACAGUGCGCUAACUCAGCUUAGUUUAGAUCCAGAAAGACUUUUCAUUUCAAAAAAUGACAAUUGUCUAAUAUAAUAAUAGAAUAUAAUUUCUGUUCUUUCGAAUGAGAUUUAAGUAAUGGUUAUGAGAUUAUGAUAAACAAUAAAUAAAG